GGGCAAUCUUCCUCUCUCAAAAGGGCCAGAGCAUGGCUCCCUGGCCUCUUGCGUCCUGAGCAUGGCCCAGCGGGAGGAUAAGGCUUCUGUCUCGCCCACUGACGGGGAAAGGCUGGCCUCAUCACAGGUGAAUGGAGCAGGGGAGAGCCCCCUAGGGGUCCUGAGGUCCCCAGAACCACUUCUUCGUCUCCGGAGGACGUGGGGGGUUUGGCAGGUCCCCGAACUGAAGGCCCAAGGUACAGAGGCCCUGCUGGAGCUGCGGCCACCAGGAAGUUUCUUCGUCAUUGGAUAUGAACCCCACCAGGCCCUGGUGCUCAGGACAGGACCUUCACCGGGAAAAGUCAACACCUACCGGAUCAAGCAGCUUCCCGGAGGUGUGUCUCUGGAAUCCUCUAACCUCUGCAUGCCAGACCUGCCCAAUCUCCUGGCCUUCCUAUCAGCCAGCAGGGAUGUUCUGCCCAGAACACUGCUCUUGCCCCCUCCAACUCGAGGGCCUGAGAACAAGCAUACAGAUCGUCCGCAGAUUGGCAGGGUCCACCUUGACGCUUCAGGAAAGGCCCUGUCGGUGGUGAACCAGCUCUGCCAGGAGCCCCACCAGGAACAUGAGGUGGAACGGCCCCUCUCGGAGACCCCGCCAGAGAGUGCCCAGAGAGCCUCUAGCCACCCCGCCCCUCACCGCGUUUCCUGGAUUGAAGGCCCACUCAGCCCAGAAGUUAACUAUCUUGGGCCAUCUCUGGCCAGCCUGGCGGAGGAAGGGGAGGAGGAGGAUGCCUUCAAAGAAGAAGAGGAAGGCCCUGAGGAUGCCCUCACCACUCACGUCCGGGCUCUGAGCAGAUCCUGGAACAAUUACGUGGCCAGGCAGUUCCGAGGCCUGCGGGCGCGCCUCAGCUCAGCCACAGGAGGCGCCCACGGGCCAGGGGACCCAGCCACUGCGCUGCUUCAGGACGUGCGUCACCUCCUCACCAACCUCCAGGAUUACCUAGUAAAGGAUCCCAGCGUCAGGGCUGUCUUUGGGAGCAGGGGCCCCCGGCUGGCCAAGAAGUACCAGGAUCUUGGCCCCGCGGUGGAGGCGGCGGUGUGCCAGGCGGUGCUGGCACCCCUGAAACCAGCCCUGUGGACUCGACUGCGCACCCUCCGCGCCCCGGAGCUCAAGCGCCUGCAGCGGAGGCAGAGAGCCCUGAGGGCGGGGGCGGGGCCUCGGGAUGCGCAGGGGGCGGGGCCGGCGGCGCUGGGCCCCGCCCCCGCCCUGCGCAGCCGCAUCCAUCGGAGGCUCGCGCGCCUGCACGCCGCGUGCGCACCCCGGCGCAAGGUGGAGCUCUUGCUGGCCGUGUGCAGUGACAUCUACGCCGGCCUCGCGCACGGCGAGGACCAAGAACCCCAGGGGGCCGACGCCUUCUUGCCAGCGCUGACGGAGGAACUGAUCUGGAGUCCCGACCUUGGGGAGACGCAGCUGGACGUGGAGUUCUUAAUGGAGCUCUUGGACCCCGAUGAGCUUCGGGGAGAGGCCGGGUACUACUUGACCACGUGGUUUGGCGCGCUGCACCACAUCGCCCACUACCAGCCCGAGGCCGGCCGUGCACCCCAGGGGCUCAGCUCUGAGGCCCGCGCCUCCCUGCGCCAGUGGCACAGCCGGAGGACGCUGCAUAGACAGGACCGCACCAGUACCCAGGCUGACUUGUCUUUUGAAGAGCCUUGGGCCGAGGGGACAGAGCCCAGAAACCACUGAUGGUUAAGGGGAGGUUCUCUUCAAGCAAGAUGACCGAGGUGUACCUCGACAGCAGCAACUUGUGACUCCAGUGGGCAGGGCCAGUGUGUUAGUCCAGGUAGACUAGAGAACCAAAUCCAGGGACACUCGUGUGUAUAAGA